CUGGGCUCCAGUUUGUCCUUCUGGAUACCUGGGAUGACAGUUUUAGUGAGGCAAAAUGCUGAGCUUCCUCCGAAGAACUCUGGGGCGCCGCUCCAUGCGUAAACAUGCUGAGAAGGAACGACUCCGAGAGGCACAACGAGCUGCCACACACAUUCCUGCAGCUGGAGAUUCCAAGUCCAUAAUCACGUGUCGGGUGUCCCUUCUGGAUGGUACUGAUGUUAGUGUGGACUUGCCGAAAAAAGCCAAAGGACAAGAGCUGUUUGAUCAGAUUAUGUACCACCUGGACCUUAUUGAAAGUGAUUAUUUUGGUCUGAGAUUUAUGGAUUCUGCACAAGUAGCACAUUGGUUGGAUGGCACAAAAAGCAUCAAAAAGCAAGUAAAAAUUGGUUCACCUUAUUGCCUACAUCUUCGAGUUAAAUUUUAUUCUUCAGAGCCAAACAAUCUUCGGGAAGAGCUAACCCGGUAUUUAUUUGUUCUUCAGUUAAAACAAGAUAUUCUCAGUGGAAAAUUAGAAUGUCCCUUUGAUACAGCAGUGCAGUUGGCAGCUUAUAAUCUACAAGCUGAGCUUGGUGACUAUGAUCUCGCUGAACAUAGUCCUGAACUUGUGUCUGAGUUCAGGUUUGUGCCCAUUCAGACUGAAGAGAUGGAACUAGCUGUCUUUGAGAAAUGGAAGGAGUGCAGGGGUCAGACGCCAGCACAAGCUGAAACCAAUUAUCUGAAUAAAGCCAAGUGGCUAGAAAUGUAUGGAGUUGAUAUGCAUGUAGUUAAGGCUAGAGAUGGGAAUGACUAUAGUUUAGGACUAACUCCAACAGGAGUCCUUGUUUUUGAAGGCGAGACCAAAAUUGGCUUAUUUUUUUGGCCAAAGAUAACCAGAUUGGAUUUUAAGAAGAAUAAAUUAACCCUAGUGGUGGUAGAAGAUGAUGAACAGGGCAAGGAGCAGGAGCAUACAUUUGUCUUUAGACUGGAUCAUCCAAAAGCAUGCAAACAUUUGUGGAAAUGUGCCGUGGAGCAUCAUGCCUUUUUCCGUCUCCGAGGCCCUGCCCAGAAGAGUUCUCAUCGUUCAGGAUUUAUUCGACUAGGAUCACGAUUUAGAUACAGUGGGAAAACUGAGUAUCAGACUACAAAAACCAGUAAGGCAAGAAGAUCAACAUCCUUUGAAAGAAGACCCAGCAAACGAUAUUCUCGGCGAACUCUACAAACGAAAGCAAGUACACCAAAACCUGAAGAACUCAGUGCUCACAACAGUGUUUCAACCCAGAAUGAGUCACAACAGGCUUGGGGUGUGAGACCUGCUGUGCCUGUGAUUCCUUCCACAUCCUCUGGUCCUGUGCUGGUAGAAAUAGAGAAUCUUCCACGGAGUUCUAGGAUGGAUCAGCACGACAGGAAAUGCUUACCUCUGAGUAUUGAUUUACUGCAGAACCCAGACUUACUGGAAACAACUGUUAAUGAUAUAAUUGAGGUAUCAGACACCACAGAAACAUUUCCAGCACUGGAUGACAUUAACACGGCCACUAGGCCGCCUUGCUUAGAGGAAGCUGAAGUUGAAUGUGCCAUGCUGAAGGAUGCAUCAGAGAAGCUCAAACAGCUUGAGACAGAGAACAGUCCUUUGCAGUCCCCUCGAGCCAGCAUUGAUGUGAACAUCAACAGCCAGGCAGAAGUAGUAAAGCUGACUGAGAAAUGUCUUAAUAAUGCCAUUGAGAGCCCAGGACUGAAUGCCGUGAGAAUUCCUCCUGAUUUCAAGAGUAACAUUUUGAAGGCUCAAGUGGAAGCUGUGCAUAAGGUUACAAGAGAAGAUAGCUUAUUAAGCCAUAGAAGCUCCAGUGUUGGAGAUGCUACAACAAGCAGUGCUGUAUUAACUGAGAAUAAUGUACCCAUCUCCGGAGAUUCUCUUCCUGUGACACAUACCACACCUGUGGACAAGGAUUCUGUUCUAACGGAUGCUACAGAUGAAUUAGAUGCCUUGCUCUUGUCUCUGACUGAGAAUCUAAUUGAUCGCACAGUCACACCCCAGGUGUCCUCAGCAUCCAUGAUCACACCCCGGUGGAUCAUCCCACAGAGCAGCACUGUUCCUAAUGGACCUGCUGGAUGCGGGACGUCUUUGGCAGAGAAAGAAGCACAUAGUAAUAAAGAUGGAUUCUCACCAAUCUCUCCCCCAGCGCCGUUCUUGGUAGACGAUGUGACCAGUUCUGCGUCAACUCCGGCUGAAGAUGCUGUCCUGAAGAAGUGUUUACUGACUACUGAGCUCUAGGAGACCGCUCGUGCCAGCUGGGGACAGGAACGCCCGCACUCUAGCAGUCCGUCCUGGAGUCUGUCCUUUGUAGAUAGGUAAAAGAGCUCUCCCUACAUUUAACUUCAGCUCCAUUUUAAAAGGCUGCUUUUUCCGUCCAACUGGAAGAAUGUAAUCAACUGUGUACUUUACCAAGGGAAGCGAUCUGGUCUUUUACUUUCUGUAAUUCCAUUAGAGUUUGUAAUUCCUGAUUCAAGAGGAUUAUGUUGCCUGCACAUUCUUUCAAACUCCUGGCUCCACCUAGCGGUUACAACUGUUUGUGAUGACUUGACAAUGAGACUGCUGCUGCAGCCUUCACCCUCUCAUUGCUGUUUCCCUUUGUAGUAUCAGAUCAAGCCUCCUAGAUCUGAAUGCCUGUUAAAGAAACUGUACUUUUCCAUGCAUUGCCUGUAAGUCAGGAAUUUAGGGAUUGAUGCAGAUAUUACCUAGCUAGACUUAAGGUCAGUUCUUCUUGCAGGUAGUAUAAUACUAAAGAGUUGAGAACACAGAAAGUUUUCAUUGUCUCCCUGCUUUUGACUUCUUAUGAAGUAGUUUUCUUCCAGUUAACUAGAUAAACACUGAAGAACAACAAAGAGAUCAACUUCCCAUCGUGUAUUUUUACAGCUUUGCCUUCCCACAGGACCUGUUCCCAGGCACCCUGCUAAUUUUGGUGCCUGAGAGAGGGCAGAGUCCUCGUUGAGACCUAGGGAUGCACCCCAGGCAUCCGCCUGCCCUCCUGAGCCAGGGGAGGAGGCUCCCGUUUUGGACUCAGUACAAAAGGCAGUACUAAUGUCAGUACCUGUUUGGACAUAGCCUCCACUUCCUUUCUAUAUAAGCUGAACAAAUGGAGGACUUUCAAACUGGAAAAAAGAAAAACAACACAAGACAGAGACAGGGAGCAGGGAUUAGAAUGCCGAGAUUGUGUUUCUUAAAGGCCUACCAUGUGGUGAGCUCUGUAUAGAAUGCUAGAAGCAGUCAUACUGCAGUAGGGACUUUAUUAGUUAAAAGACUUCUCAAGUAGUCCUCCAUCCCCUCAGGCUGUACGAAAUGUGUGGAUGUUAAAGUGGUGCAUGUUCAUCACAGGGAAGUAGACAGGUCUCCACCUGUUAUCCCAAAACCCAGAGGUAACCCUAAUUUAGCUUUCACUAGCCUGAAAAGGAACCCCUGAUUGCUGUGGGGAAGAUGAUCUGGAGUCGAGGCAGGGCUGGGGCAGUGCGCCUCCUAGGCGUUGUUUCUUCACUUUGCUUCCCUCAAGUGUGUAUAUAACUAACUGAGCAUUUAUUUGUACUACGCAGUAUAAAACAACAUCCAGCUUCAUGGUCUUUAAAAUUGCGUGGUUGAGCUAUCCCCAGGCUCCCCGUAUCAUACUUACGUGCUCAGGCAGCCACGCCAGGAUCAAACUGAAAGCUCAACAUUGGAGUCUUGCAUUGUUUUCCAGGGAGCCGUAGAGACUGGAAAGCACUUUCCACAGAGCAUUCUGCUGCAAGCGAGAAAGCUAGCGCUUGUUACCGGCUGCCUCCCUGUAGCCAUUAUGCUAAGCUUGUGAGUUCCCGGGGACUGCUCUCGGCAGUCCUUGCUUAUAGUGUAAAACAUGUUUCUCACAGCUGCAGCGCAGAGCCUAGGCCUGCCCCAGAACGUGUUACGCUGGCGUCGGUUUGUUAGUUCUCGACAACCCCAAACAUCCUGGAUGGUUAGUGCUGUGUUCCUAACCACAGAGCCGCUAAAAGCAUUGUAGCUGGGAAGACCUGAAUUUCCUGUCCACUUUAGAAGGGAGACACUUUGCAGGCCAGAGAGCUCAGCAGCACAAGUGCCUGCCUGGCAGGCGUGAGAUCCUGAGUUCAGUUCCUGGUACCCAAAAAGGAAAAGAAAACUUUCCACAAUUUAGAAAUUAAGCUGUUAAAAAUAUGUCAUCACUUGCCUUUAGGCAUCUAUAUUCUUGCCAGUCAUAAUAUUGAUAGGAACUUUUUUACAUCUCUACUAAAAGUGAAAUACCCAAACAUGAAAUAGUAAAUAUGAAUGAUGGCUUAUCCCUGAUAGAUUGGAUACUUGUCAGAUGCAAGAUUCUUGUCACUGCUGCUGCCAGUGUUGUCCCAGAGCGGCCACACCAGUUCAUGCUGUUGUGCUCUCCUGUGGACAGUAGUGGUGGGAAGAGGCAGGGCUGAGGAGGUCUGUGCAUGUGGUGGCAGGUCGAGGAAAUGCCUGACAGAGAGGAGAGUGUGUGUGAGCAGUGGAAGUUGCUGGCCCAGAGGCUGGAGCAGACACCGGGUGCGGAGGCACAAGGUGCAGCGAGGACGCUGCAGGCCUUCCUGCUGGCUUUGCACACAGGACACAGUGCUGCAGUAGCUGCUCUGCUUCCUCAUGGGGAGCGGCCAGGCGAGGCUCCUGCUAGGAGGCGAGAGGGUUGUCAUUGGCUUUUAAAUAAGAUGAGAACCUGCAGCUCGCUGCCCUGGACUCCUUCAGCAGGGAGUUCAUCAGUGAGAUCGUAGUUCUGUCUGCAGCAUCUCCCUUCUGACAGGAGAGCCGCGCAGUGAUUUCCCUCCUACUCUUCAGGAGACGCACUAACAGCAGUGAGUAGCCUCCUUGUCACUUGACAGCUUUACACUUCAAGGAAAAUUCAUACUUUGUACAAGUUUUACUAACUUUUUUGGCUUUUGUUUUUGUACAAUCUCAAGAGGUCCUAUGGAUGUGGAAUUUUUCUAAACCAUUUGCUCUCAAUUCAAGGUAAAACUUAUAUUUCUGUCUUCUCUUAGCUAAAACCUGAAAGUUCCACUGUCCCUCUAGAACCUUUGAUAGUGGAGUUAUUUGCUAGUCACAGCCUUUGAUAUUUUCCAAGUAAGGAUCUAGAGAAACAGAGUUUGUCUUCCCGCCCCUCAGAGGUCCCACGCAUGCCUUUCUAGGGAUGGGAAGUACUUCUGCCUCAGUUCUGCUGGCACAGCCCAGAAGGAGCGCCAACAGCAAUACACAGGAACGUGGCUGUGUUCGGUACAGUUUAUUUACAACCAUCCCUGCCCCUGAUUUCUAGCUUUGUAGAGUGGCCACCUGGAAGGCAGGUGAGGUUCCCCCAGGUUCUGAAGUCUGACUGCCACUUGGAGGCCCAUCUGGGUGCGUGUCCUCACACACGUGCCAUGGCCAGAAGGUGCGGUUCAUGGUCUCAGCUCUGUCUCUGUGAGUGCUCACUAAUUUCUGGUUAAUGUUACCAUGUAGUUGCUUGGAAAUUUGGAUAUAAUUCUGUAGAGCAAAGACUGCACAGUUCUAGGUUAU